AUGUCCUCUACAACUACAGCUACCGUAUUCCCUCGAGGGGAAAAUGAAGAGAAAUAUCAACUUCACACGAAUAUUCAACCUAAACCGAUUUCUCCCAUUACUUAUCCUGACUCAUCAUCAUCUUCCGACCUGAACGGAAUAUCAUCCCCGAUUUCUCAGGGAAACGAAGAAUCUAAUCAAGAUGCUCAUCCAUGUACCAUAAUCGUUCAAAGACCUAUUUCCACUUGGUCCGAUUCUACUUCUUCUCCAAUUACACAUCAUCAUCAAAUAUCUCCUCAAACACCAGAUACUCCUAUGUCUAAAUCAAACAAUAGCCAAAAGAAGUUUCGUUGGAAAUUAUCUACUUUAUUAUCUUCUGAAAAAGAAAGUAUGACACCUACACCUCCUAAUACUGCCACUAUGGGGGAUGGAGGGAAUAAGAAGAUUAGGAUCGAAUUACCUUUAACACCUUUACAAACACCUAGAUCUCCCUUACGUAGUCCGCUAUCUUGGUUCAAAAGAGCUUCACUCAGUCCUCUCAGUCCUAAAGAAGGGAAAGCAGAUUCGAUCUCAGUGGGGCUAUCUUCUCCCGGACUCCGUAAGAGUAAAAGUAAGAAUGAGAGGGUUUGGGUGGUUCAGUUGGAUAAAAAGGAAGGAGCUUUAGUGUUCAGUCAAGAUGUUGAAAAACCAAAGUCUCCAGCAAGGAUUAAUUCUCCGAUUCAUAGUUCUAGAAGUGUGAAGUUUUCAUUGGAAGAAGGACAAAUAGGACAGCGAUCGCCUAUUAGUCCGUCGGGAGAAUCGAGUCAUUCAAGCAGUGGGGAAAGUGAGAUAUGGAAGGUGGUUUGUCCUAGCGCGAACGAGGAAAAGGUCAUUCUUCUUCUCAAAGGUGAACAAGGAGUGGUGGCACGGUUAGAGGAAGGUGUUGAUGGUGCAUAUGUGCUUCUGUACCCCAAGCCAGUGGUACAGGAGAAUGAUGUAGUUGAGGAGGAGAAAAGUACAGAAAAAGUGAUGUUGAGUUUGAAAGAAGGGCCAAGUGAAGAUGGGAUCCGGAUUCAUACCUCCUUCGGUACAUACUCAUGGACUUCUUCUCCCGGUUUGGCAAUAUGUCAUUCUCCCUCCCGACAGGAAACUGCGAGAUUAGCUUUCCGUCCUUUUGGCAAGACAAGACUUACAAUUCAAUCGGAUGAUAACGUAGCUCUGUUAAUCUUGACUGCUGCUAAAAUAUGGUUUCAUCGUGAGAGUCGAAAAGAUUUUCGUCUUUCUUGA